AUGGUGUGCGGCGGGUUUACCUGUUCUAAGAAUACACUCGCUGCUUUGAAUGUGUUGUACAUCUUGGUGUCUAUAAUAUUAAUUGGUGUUGCAGCUUAUGGAAGAGUUGCUGCUAUAGUCACUAGUUUAACUCUAGUUGGUAGUUUAAUAUUAUGUGGUGUAAUAUUAUUUUUCAUUGCUUUAAUUGGUCUGGUUGGAUCCAUUAAGCAUCAUCAAGUUCUUUUAUUUUUUUAUAUGAUAAUAUUAUUCCUGUUAUUUUUGUUACAAUUUUCUCUGGCCUGUGCUUGUUUAGCUGUGAAUCCUGAUCAGAAAGAUGAUUUAGCUGAAAGAGGUUGGAAAUAUGCUUCAAAUGCAACUAGAACUAAUGUACAGGACAAUUUCAAUUGCUGUGGAUUUAAACAACACCAUGUACCUUUAAAUCAUCCUCCUUGUGGUCAUCCGAAAGCAUAUUGUUGUUCAGGAGAGCAGACAAAUGACACUGUUGCUGACUGUCCUUGCAGCACGUGUUAUGAUAAACUAAGAACGACUAUAUACUCAGCAUUUUCAGUGACUGGAGGAGUUGGCUUAUUCUUCAGUUUUACAGAGAUUAUAGGUGUUUGGAUCACUGUUCGAUACAGAAACCAAAAAGAUCCACGGGCCAAUCCAAGCGCUUUUCUAUAA